CUCUCGGUCCGCGUCUUUCUUUUGCCUGCCAUCCUAGCGAUCUCGGGCCUCUCACGCCUUCGUUUCGUUCGUUGAAUUCCAGGUGUCCUUGACAGAUACCCCCUUGCCCAUCAUGGCCCCUGCCACGUCCGAGACUGCCUCCCCCAUUGGCAUUGCCAACUUGCCCAACCAGCGUCACAAAAUCGUUGCCAAGCGGGGCGCGGCUUUUACGAUUAUGGUUGCUGGCGAGUCCGGUUUGGGAAAGACUACCUUCAUCAACACCCUUUUCUCGACCACCAUCAAAAACUACGCCGAUCACAAGCGCCGCCACCAGAAGCAGGUGGACCGCACCGUCGAAAUUGAGAUCACCAAGGCCGAGCUGGAGGAGAAGUUUUUCAAAGUCCGCCUAACCGUCAUCGAUACUCCCGGCUUUGGAGAUUACGUCAACAACCGCGACUCCUGGCAGCCGAUCAUUGAGUUCCUGGACGACCAGCAUGAGUCCUACAUGUUGCAGGAGCAGCAGCCUCGCCGGACGGAGAAGAUCGACAUGCGUGUUCACGCCUGUCUCUACUUCAUCAGACCCACCGGACACACCCUGAAGCCUCUCGAUAUUGAGGUCAUGAAGCGUCUCAGUUCCCGUGUCAACCUGAUCCCCGUCGUCGCAAAGGCAGAUACCCUCAGCCCGGCUGAUUUGGCCCGUUUCAAGCAGAAAGUUCGUGCCGUAAUUGAAGCCCAGGGCAUCAAGAUCUACACUCCGCCAGUGGAGGAGGACGACGAACAUGCCGCCGCACAUGCCCGCAGCUUGAUGGCCGCCAUGCCCUUUGCCGUGAUUGGAUCCGAGAAGGACGUCAAGACCAACGACGGCCGUGUCGUCAAGGGUCGCCAGUAUAUUUGGGGUGUUGCCGAAGUCGAAAACGAGGACCACUGCGACUUCAAGAAGCUCCGGUCCAUCCUUAUUCGUACCCACAUGCUGGAUCUCAUCCACACCACUGAGGAGCAACACUACGAAGCCUACCGUGCCCAACAGAUGGAGACCCGCAAGUUCGGCGAAGCCCGACCACGCAAGCUCGACAACCCUAAGUUCAAGGAGGAGGAGGAAUCUCUCCGCAAGCGCUUCACAGAACAGGUCAAGGUCGAGGAGCAGCGAUUCCGCCAAUGGGAACAGAAGCUCAUCUCCGAGAGAGACCGACUCAACAAAGAUCUGGAGGCCACCCAUGCCGCUAUCAAAUCUCUCGAAGGAGAGAUCGAACAGCUGCAAGGCUCAACGACCCGGAGCCAUGGUCGUCGCUAAACGGCUUGCAACCCGUGGCAUUCAUGUUGGACGGCGUGCUGAAAAAGAGAGUAGACCCCAAUGGAUGCCUCCGACCUCUUGUUUAUCUUUGACUACCCCCAUUUUUUCUCGGCUUUUUGUGUGCGCUUUCGAAGGACACAUCUCAUAGCUAAUGGGCAUUCGUGCCCGGAUCCUUCGCGCUGGUCUCUUUUUUUUCAUCUUCUUGUUCCCCGCUGGUUGCUAGCGAUGAUUUGCUUACAUCCUUGAUAAUAACCCACUCCGU